GAUUUGACAGGGGCCGCUUCUUAUGUUAUUUUUCUUUGGUAAUUCGGUGAUCCCGGAACUCUGUUCUUCCGCAGGGCCUGGUUUCGGCCGCCGUCAAGAACAUCCCAGCGAUGAGGGCGGACGCGUCCGCUCCUCGCCCUCUGCCGCCGGCGCUGUCGGCGGCGGCCAACCCAGAAGGCAUCCACGACCUACGGACUGUCCAUUCGUCGUCGGAGGAGAACACCUUGGCCUCUGGUCCCUACGGCUCCGCUCUCCGAUUCGCUCCAUCUCCGCAGGAGAAUUCCUCUUGGUCCCUCCAAAGAUUGCAGGAUUACAUGCCAAGUGUGCAGGCAUGGUAUAAAGAUUAUGAAGAUGCCUUUGUCAAAAAAUUUAAAGAUCAGUUGAUGAUUGCACGAGAUCACCCAACUGAGACAUUUGGAGUUGUUGUUGCUGCAGGUUUCGUCCUCAUGCAAGGCCCUAGAAGGUUUUUGGUUCGUAACACUAUUGGGCGUCUUUUGAGCGAGCAGGACCGAUCUGCUAAGGCUGAAUUAUGCUUGAAAGAGCUCAGUCAAUCUGUUGAUAAACUGAAGAAAGAUAGCAAGAAUAUGCUUCUAAAAGCAAGUUGGGGUGAACAGGACUUGCAGCGUGGACACACCAAAAUCAGAGCUGCUGGACGUGAAAUUCAGAGGCUUGCCAAUUCCAUUUAUAAGAUAGAAUCUGAAGCAGCAGAUUUGAUGGAUGGACUUAGAGCACUUCCUGGCAGAACUGCUCUGCAGCUUCGAGCAGAGGUGGCUUCCAUGGCAUCAGAUUUGAAAACCCAGAGGCGUGAACUCAACAAAAGAAUCAUGAAAAUAUCAGAACUUGGGAUUCGUGUUUGAUGAAAUAAUGCCUUGUGCUCUUUCUAUGGAGGUUUUCUGAAGUCAUGCCUCCUUAGCGAUAAAAGGAAAAAAAAAUCCUUGUUCAGAAGUGUUGGAUGCUUGUAUCUGUUGCUGCAACAAUUGCAGUUUUAUCUGCACAAUAUUGUUGCUGAAAAGUUCUAUGACACCAUUCUGCUCUCUGUUUUUUGAAAAAAAAAAAUCUUGUGAGAUUUCUUCUUCUUA